AUGGAACCAAACAAGAUUCAGAGGAGGAGGGAUGCCCCCAGGGGCCAUGGAACCAAACAAGACUCAGGAGGAGGAGGGAUGCCCCCAGGGGCCAUGGAACCAAACAAGAUUCAGAGGAGGAGGGAUGCCCCCAGGGGCCAUGGAACCAAACAAGACUCAGAGGAGGAGGGAUGCCCCCGGGGGCCAUGGAACCAAACAAGACUCAGAGGAGGAGGGAUGCCCCCGGGGGCCAUGGAACCAAACAAGACUCAGGAGGAGGAGGGAUGCCCCCAGGGGCCAUGGAACCAGACAAGACUCAGGAGGAGGAGGGAUGCCCCCAGGGGCCAUGGAACCAAACAAGACUCAGGAGGAGGAGGGAUGCCCCCGGGGGCCAUGGAACCAAACAAGACUCAGGAGGAGGAGGGAUGCCCCCGGGGCACAUGGAACCAAACAAGACUCAGAGGAGGAGGGAUGCCCCCAGGGGCCAUGGAACCAAACAAGACUCAGGAGGAGGAGGGAUGCCCCCGGGGGACAUGGAACCAAACAAGACUCAGAGGAGGAGGGAUGCCCCCGGGGGACAUGGAACCAAACAAGACUCAGAGGAGGGAUGCCCCCGGGGGCCAUGGAACCAAACAAGACUCAGGAGGAGGAGAGAUGCCCCCAGGGGCCAUGGACCCAAACAAGACUCAGGAGGAGGAGGGAUGCCCCCGGGGGACAUGGAACCAAACAAGACUCAGAGGAGGGGUGCCCCCGGGGGACAUGGAACCACACAAGACUCAGAGGAGGGAUGCCCCCAGGGGACAUGGAACCAAACAAGACUCAGAGGAGGGAUGCCCCCAGGGGCCAUGGAACCAAACAAGACUCAGAGGAGGAGGGAUGCCCCCGGGGGACAUGGAACCAAACAAGACUCAGAGGAGGGAUGCCCCCGGGGGCCAUGGAACCAAACAAGACUCAGGAGGAGGAGAGAUGCCCCCAGGGGCCAUGGACCCAAACAAGACUCAGGAGGAGGAGGGGUGCCCCCAGGGGCCAUGGAACCAAACAAGACUCAGGAGGAGUAGGGAUGCCCCCGGGGGACAUGGAACCAAACAAGACUCAGAGGAGGGGUGCCCCCGGGGGACAUGGAACCACACAAGACUCAGGAGGAGGAGGGGUGCCCCCGGGGGACAUGGAACCAAACAAGACUCAGAGGAGGGAUGCCCCCAGGGGACAUGGAACCAAACAAGACUCAGAGGAGGGGUGCCCCCAGGGGCCAUGGAACCAAAUAAGACUCAGAGGAGGGAUGCCCCCAGGGGCCAUGGAACCAAACAAGACUCGGAGGAGGAGGGAUGCCCCCAGGGGCCAUGGAACCAGACAAGACUCGGAGGAGGAGGGAUGCCCCCAGGGGCCAUGGAACCAAACAAGACUCAGGAGGAGGAGAGAUGCCCCCAGGGGCCAUGGACCCAAACAAGACUCAGGAAGAGGAGGGAUGCCCCCAGGGGCCAUGGACCCAAACAAGACUCAGGAGGAGGAGAGAUGCCCCCAGGGGCCAUGGACCCAAACAAGACUCAGGAGGAGGAGGGAUGCCCCCAGGGGACAUGGACCCACACAAGACUCAGAGGAGGAGGGGUGCCCCCAGGGGACAUGGAACCAAACAAGACUCAGAGGAGGGAUGCCCCCGGGGGCCAUGGAACCAAACAAGACUCAGGAGGAGGAGAGAUGCCCCCAGGGGCCAUGGACCCAAACAAGACUCAGGAGGAGGAGGGAUGCUGCCAGGGGCCAUGGAACCACACAAGACUCAGGAGGAGGAGGGAUGCCCCCGGGGGACAUGGAACCAAACAAGACUCAGAGGAGGGGUGCCCCCUGGGGACAUGGAACCACACAAGACUCAGGAGGAGGAGGGGUGCCCCCGGGGGACAUGGAACCAAACAAGACUCAGAGGAGGGAUGCCCACAGGGGACAUGGAACCAAACAAGACUCAGAGGAGGGGUGCCCCCAGGGGCCAUGGAACCAAAUAAGACUCAGAGGAGGGAUGCCCCCAGGGGCCAUGGAACCAAACAAGACUCAGGAGGAGGAGGGAUGCCCCCGGGGGCCAUGGAACCAAACAAGACUCAGAGGAGGAGGGAUGCCCCCGGGGGCCAUGGAACCAAACAAGACUCAGGAGGAGGAGGGAUGCCCCCAGGGGCCAUGGAACCAAACAAGACUCAGGAGGAGGAGGGAUGCCCCCGGGGGACAUGGAACCAAACAAGACUCAGAGGAGGAGGGAUGCCCCCGGGGGACAUGGAACCAAACAAGACUCAGAGGAGGGAUGCCCCCGGGGGCCAUGGAACCAAACAAGACUCAGAGGAGGAGGGAUGCCCCCGGGGGCCAUGGAACCAAACAAGGCUCAGGAGGAGGAGGGAUGCCCCCGGGGGCCAUGGAACCAAACAAGACUCAGAGGAGGAGGGAUGCCCCCGGGGGCCAUGGAACCAAACAAGACUCAGGAGGAGGAGAGAUGCCCCCAGGGGCCAUGGACCCACACAAGACUCAGAGGAGGAGGGAUGCCCCCGGGGGACAUGGAACCAAACAAGACUCAGGAGGAGGAGGGAUGCCCCCGGGGGACAUGGAACCAAACAAGACUCAGAGGAGACACGUCCCCCGCCGCACCACCACCACUGGUCUGCUGACGAAUACUCCAUCCGCUGUGCCUUCAACCGGCCUCCGUCGGAGCAGACGCUUCUACUAGCCCCGGACUACUAA